GCUAGAAAAAAAAAUAUAUAUAUUUUUCUCAUGUCUUCUGGGUCGUCUUCGUCUCCUGGUCUCCAUUAAUGCAGAUGUCUUCCUGAGUCGUAGGCAAAUUCUCUACCUCGACUCAGUUCCGUGACGUCCCACCCGAGUCAUGAACAGGCCGAGCUCUCGCGUUGAUUCUUUCGUGCAGACGGAGAUUAACUGGGACAAGCUUGACAAAACGAAAUUUUAUGUCGUUGGAGCUGGACUCUUUACGGGUCUCACAGUAGCUCUGUACCCUGUUUCAGUUGUGAAGACCAGGCUUCAGGUUGCCUCUAAAGAUGUCGCUGAAAGAAAUGCAUUUUCUGUCGUCAAAGGCUUACUGAAGAAUGAUGGUAUUCCUGGUCUAUACCGAGGCUUUGGUACUGUCAUUACCGGUGCAAUACCUGCAAGGAUCAUUUUUAUGACUGCUUUAGAGACCACAAAAAUAGCUGCUUUUAAGUUGGUUGAACCAUUCAAGUUCAAUGAACCAACACAGGCAGCAAUUGCAAAUGGCAUUGGUGGCAUGACAGCUUCUCUGUUCUCACAGGCCGUGUUUGUCCCAAUAGAUGUGGUUAGCCAAAAGUUGAUGGUGCAAGGAUACUCAGGUCACGCAACAUACAAUGGUGGUCUUGAUGUUGUUCGAAAAGUUAUAAAAGCAGAUGGUGUAAGGGGCUUAUACAGGGGUUUUGGUCUGUCCGUCAUGACCUAUUCCCCAUCAAGUGCUGCAUGGUGGGCCAGCUAUGGGUCGAGCCAACGUGUCAUCUGGAGAUCCUUAGGCUAUGAUGGUGAUUCGGAGGUUGCUGCUCCUAGUCAGCCAAAAAUCAUGCUUGUCCAGGCUUGCGGGGGAAUCAUUGCUGGUGCUACAGCAUCCUUAAUUACAACACCACUGGACACUAUCAAGACGCGGUUACAGGUAAUGGGAAAUCAGGAGAAGGAGAAAAGACCUUCAGCGAGACAAGUGGUGAAGAAUCUGAUGGGGGAGUAUGGGUGGAAAGGGUUCUACAGGGGGUUGGGUCCGAGAUUUUUCAGCAUGUCCGCUUGGGGCACCUCAAUGAUUCUCACCUACGAAUACCUGAAGCGUCUGUGUGCGACAGAUGCAGAGUAACGACAGAGGCUACAAAUAUAGAGAACCCAUCUGACUGAUGAUAGGUUAAAUGAUUCUUUCAGAAUUUCAGGUUAUAAUACUGAGCCAUCAUUCUUUGAAAAAAAAAUCUGGAUUCCGUUGCGUUAGUAUGCUCUCAAGCUUCGAGGAAUGAAGUGGAGCAGCAGCAAACUAUAAAUAAUAAACCCAUUGUUCAGUUUUGCAGCACUUGGGAAAAAGAAAAAAAAAAUAGGAUGGAUGUGGUUAGGCCA